AAAAUUGGCUAUUACAAUUGUUGAUCAUUUUUUUUGAAAUUAAGAUCAAGAAAAUUUGAGACUGUUUAGCCCAGCUCCAAAGAUUGACCCUUUGACUUGCCGGUCCCCAACUCCGAUCCCCCUCAAAAUCUCGCCAUGAGCUCGACCCACCUCGCCGGCGCCGGCCUCGCGUCGCCCUCGGCGAUGGGCGGGCACCACACCGACCGCUUCUUCAGGGCGCUGGCGGUCGCCUCCGCCUACAUCCUCGUCCGCCGGUGGCGCGCCGGCAGGGUCGGCCUCGCCGGGCGGCCGGCGCCGGCGGAGAUAGCCGCCGCGGCUGUGCUCUGCGCCUCCGUGGCGUGGCUGUGCGUGCUCCCCGCCCUGAGCCUCCGCCGGAUCUCGCACAGACGUAGACACCGAGAUUAGUUGACCAGAGAUUGCUGUCGCGUUCCUGGUACUGACCACCCCUCCUCUUCUCUUCUGGUUCUGGAUUGUGUAGUUCCAUUCUUUCUGCCCCGAUUGGACUGAGGAAAUGUAUGUGCAAGUACGGAUCAGAAUAGUUCAAGAUUAUGGAACAGGAAAGGAACAAGUAGUAUGGAUCUAGUCGCCCAAUCAAAACAUUAAUUGGAUCACAGUCGUUCAAAUGCAUUGCUGAUUCAUAAGAAAAAUAUAGGCUGGGAGCCAUCAGGCAGAUUG